CAGCUCACAUAGUCAGUUUGACCAAGAGGAGGAAUGGAGCAACAGGUACAGCUUAGAGACCAAGAGACAUUAUGCUGUUCUAUCUGUCUGGAUCUUUUGAUAGAUCCAGUGACAAUUUCCUGCGGACAUAGCUACUGUUGGACCUGCAUUAAAAGUCAUUGGGAUAAAGAAGAUCAGAGAAGGAUCCACAGCUGCCCUCAGUGCAGGAAAACCUUUAGACCAAGACCAGUCCUUGCUAAAAAUACUAUUCUGGCAGCUUUGGUGGAGCAACUGAAGAAGACUGGACUCCAAGCUGCUCCUGCUGAUCACUGCUAUGCUGGACCUGAAGAUGUGGCCUGUGAUUUCUGCACUGGAAGAAAACUGAAAGCCAUCAAGUCCUGUUUAGUCUGUCUGGCCUCUUAUUGUGAGAAACAUCUUCAGCCUCAUUAUGAUUCAGCUACAUUUAAGAAACACAAGCUGGUGGAGCCCUCCAAGAACCUCCAGGUGAACAUCUGCUCUGAUCACGAUGAGGUGAUGAAGAUGUUCUGUCGUACUGAUCAGAAGUGUAUCUGUAGUUUCUGUUUAUUGGAUGAACAUAGAGGCCACGACACAGUGUCAGCUGCAGCAGAAAGAACUGAGAGGCAGAGAGAGCUGGAGGAGAGACAAGAACACAUACAUCAGAGAAUCCAGGACAGAGAGAAAGAUGUGAAGCUGCUUCAACAGGAGGUGGAGGCCAUCAAUCACUCUGCUGAUAAAACAGUGGAGGACAGUGAGAAGAUCUUCACUGAGCUGAUCCGUCUCAUCCAGAAAAGAAGCUCUGAUAUGAAGCAGCAGAUCAGAUCCCAGCAGGAAACUGAAGUGAGUCGAGUCAAAGAGCUUCAGGAGAAGCUGGAGCAGGAGAUCACUGAGCUGAAGAAGAAAGAAGCUGAGCUGAAGCAGCUCUUAAACACAGAGGAUCACAACCAGUUUCUCCACAGCUACCCCUCACUGUCAGCACUCAGUGAGUCUACACACUCAUCCAGCAUCAAUAUCCAUCCUCUGAGACACUUUGAGGAUGUGACAGCAGCUGUGUCAGAGCUCAGAGAUAAACUACAGGACAUUCUGAGAGACACAUGGACAAACAUCUCACUGACAAUCACUGCGGUGGAGGCUUUACUGUCAGAACCAGAACCAAAGAGCAGAGCUGGAUUCUUAAGAUAUUCCUGUAAAAUCACACUGGAUCCAAAUACAGCAAACGAAUAUUUGUUGCUAUCAGAGGGAAGGAGAAAGGCCACAGUAAUGGAACGACAUCAGUCUUAUCCUUAUCACCCAGACAGAUUCAUUGAAUAUGCCCAGGUUCUGAGCACAGACAGUCUGACUGGAUAUUGCUACUGGGAGGUGGAGAUGAGAGGGAGAGUUUAUGUUGCAGUUACAUACAAGGAUAUCAGCAGAGUAGGAGAUGGAAGUGUAUUUGGAUGUAAUGACAAAUCUUGGGCAUUGGACUUUUUCCAAAAUAAAUACAUAUUCUGGUACAACAACAUUUCCACCUCCAUCUCAGGUCCAAUAUCCUCCAGAAUAGGAGUGUACCUGGAUCACAAAGCAGGGAUUCUGUCCUUCUACAGCAUCUCUGGAACCAUGACUCUCCUCCACAGAGUCCAGACCACAUUCACUCAGCCGCUGUAUGCUGGAUUUUGCAUUGGUUUUAAUUCUGGAGAUUCAGCUAGCUUCUGCAAACUUUAAGAACACAUUUAGUUUAUAUUCAAUUAGUUUUCUUUCCUAUUUUUAGCAUUCUAUUUUUGAUCAUGAUUUGUUUCAUUGUUGUUUUUGUCUUUACUUAAAAGAAAUCAGCUUUCAUAAUUUUUAGCACCAUAUUUUGUUUAAUUCAAGUUAAUGUCUUUAUGUUAUUGAUGGAAAAUUCAUAUUAAUGAAAAAUAAUAAUCUAAUUUUCUUGUUUGUGGUUUAAGCUGCUACUUUGUUGUUAUGUUUUUGUUUGAACAGUUAUGCAUUAGUCCUGAUGCACAAACACCAGAGAGAAAAAAAGAUAUUCAAUAGUGGCUUUGGGCUGAUUUUACAUCUUUGUAGAUUCUUAAGAAGAGAAGCAUCGAAAUAAAGAUGUCAUGUUGCUUUUCUGUUCAGCUUUGAUGGUGAUCUUUGUAAAGUUUGAGCCCAGAUUUGUUUUAAACUUGUUGGAUCUAGUUUUAAUUUUUUUGUUCUCAUCAUUAUUUAUAAGUCUAAGCAGACCAGUGGCACAGUGAUAACAAACUUGGAAACAAAGUCCAGUGGAC